UCUAUACUGUGUUCUCCACAUCCCCAAUAAACCUCGUUCUCCGGCGUUUUCUUUAACCCUUUUUGCGAACUUAACCAUUCAACUAAAUCUCUGAAUGCCAAAACCCCCGAAACCCAUAUUCCAGAAUCAAAAAAAUGAUCAUCUUCUUAGCCAAAGCCACCAAUUUCUUCAAAUCAAAACGCGGAAUCUUCACACCCCCCUUGAAAUUCGUCCUCUAUGGCCUCGUUUCCAUAAGACCCAUGUCGAAGUCGACCUCCAUACCUAAAAAGUUGCAGAGAGUCCGAGACCAUGGCUUCGACAACUACAUGGAAAUCGAGAAGAAGACGCGAAAAAUCCUCAAGUUUCAGAGUCUCAUUCUCUCCCAACGCAAUGAGACCAUCCCAGUCUCGCGCCUCGAUUUCCUCGCUCGCCCCCUCGGAUUCAAACAGGACGAAGCAGGGGCUUUCAUGCUAAAAUUUCCUCACGUUUUCGAGAUUUACGAGCACCCGGUUCAGCGAAUCCUCUAUUGCCGAUUAGCCCGAAAAGCCCACCUCCAAAUCGAGCGAGAAAGGCAGGCCCUUUAUGCCCAAAUCCCCGGAGCCGUCACCCGUCUCCGGAAGCUUCUGAUGAUGUCCAACAAUGGCAGGCUUCGACUCGAGCACGUGCGAAUUGCGAGGAGGGAAUUUGGGCUCCCGGACGAUUUCGAGCACUCGGUAAUUCUUAAGUACCCUCAGUAUUUUCGAUUGGUUGAUGCUAAAGAAACUAGGAAUAAGUACAUUGAGUAUGUUGAAAGUGAAAAAGAUCCGAGCUUGACUGUUUGUGCUAUAGAGAAACUUAGGGAGAGAGAAUACAGAGAAAAAGGAGCUGAUGCUGAGGAUAUUAGGUUUUCGUUCAUUGUGAAUUUUCCGCCCGGAUUUAAGAUUGGCAAGUAUUACAGAAUUGCUGUGUGGAAAUGGCAGAGGGUUCCUUAUUGGUCCCCUUAUGAGGAUGUUUCGGGGUAUGAUUUGAGGUCGAUUGAGGCGCAGAAGCGGAUGGAGAAGAGGGCGGUUGCCACAAUCCACGAGCUGCUGAAUUUGACCGUUGAGAAGAAGAUUACGUUGGAGAGGAUUGCACAUUUUAGGAUGGCGAUGAAUUUGCCGAAGAAGCUUAAGGACUUUCUUCUCCAGCAUCAGGGUGUAUUCUAUAUUUCGACUAGAGGAAAUUAUGGAAAGAUGCAUACGGUUUUUCUUAGGGAGGCUUACAGGAGGGGCGAGUUGGUUGAGCCUAAUGAUUUGUAUUUUGCGAGAAGGAAGUUGGCUGAGUUAGUUUUGCUGAGCUCCAGGACGGCAAAAGUGGAUAAGGAAUUGGUAAACUUUGAGAGGGAGAGAGAAAAUGAUGAGAUGAGAUGCCGUAGAAGAGACUGUGUGGACGACGAUGGUUGUCAAGAUUUUGGAGGUGAGAAGAAGAAUAGUGCUUAACUUGGGGAAGAGGAGGGUAGAUUUAAACUUAUUAUGGCUUGUGAUUUUGGCUCUGAUUUCUCUGAGGAAGAUGAUGAGUCUAACAAGUUUGUGGACUCAGAGAAUAUGAACUUAACUGAGUUGGGAACAAUAUUUGGUUUGGAUAUUGUCGUGUGUCUCACUGAAUUAUUUGUAAUUGUUUGCUGAUUUUGAACCACUGUUUGGAAGUUAGUAUUUAGAGGACUACGAAUGACAAUAACGUCCAGGAAUUUUGUGAUGUGAUCCUGGCUACCUAAUGGUAGAAGAAAGAAGAACAGUUUGAUUAAUGUUCAAGGAUUUUCUUCUUAUAAAAAAAAAUGUUCAAGGAUUUUCUUGUUCUUGAG